AUGUCACAGCUUUUUAGGCUUCUCUUGACGGGUGCUCGGCCUCUGUGCUGCCGGACUGCGCUCACGGCUCGACUGGAAGCUGCGGCAGGACGCCGCUUCAUUGGUGGAUACACACGCUUCCCCGUGCAACGCGCCUGUCCGACUCCAGCCGACUCUCUGUCCAUGCACAGCUUGCGGUUGGCUCAGCGACGUGUUUAUUCCAGUGAGCCCAAAGAUGGUAAAGGAGAAAGCGGAGGCGGACGGGCAGGAGGUGGAAAGGGGGGAGGGAAAAAAGACUGGUGGAGCCGAAUGCAGAAGGGUGAAUUCCCGUGGGAUGAGAAGGACUUCCGCUACCUGGCUAUCACUGUGGCUGGCGCCUCGUCAACUUUACUCUAUUUAUACUUCCGCGACAACGGCCGUGAGAUCAGCUGGAAGGACUUUGUGCAGCGCUACCUGGGCCGUGGCAUUGUUGAUCGUCUAGAGGUGGUCAAUAAGCAGUAUGUGCGUGUCAUCCUGGUGCCUGGCGCUGAUGCCGAAGCGAACUACGUGUGGUUCAACAUCGGAAGCGUCGACACAUUUGAGCGAAAUCUGGAGACUGCUCACUCUGAACUCGGCAUGGAUACAUCACAUCGGCCCGCUGUGGUCUACAGCUCCGAGAGCGACGGGUCGUUCUUGAUGAGCAUGAUCCCCACGCUGCUGCUCAUCGGUUUUCUGCUCUUUACACUGCGCCGUGGACCCAUGGGGGGCCCUGGCGGCGGCAGGGGCGGGCCGUUCAGCAUGAGUGAGUCCACCGCCAAGAUGUUGAAGGACAACAUUGAGGUGAAGUUCAAGGACGUGGCGGGCUGUGAGGAAGCCAAGCUGGAAAUAUUGGAGUUUGUCAACUUCCUCAAAAACCCACAGCAGUACCAGGACCUCGGAGCCAAGAUCCCCAAGGGUGCUGUGUUGUCUGGACCACCCGGUACCGGUAAGACUCUUCUGGCCAAAGCCACAGCCGGCGAGGCCAAUGUUCCUUUCAUCACCGUCAAUGGAUCGGAAUUCCUGGAGAUGUUCGUGGGCGUCGGACCUGCUAGGGUGAGGGACAUGUUUGCCAUGGCAAGGAAGAACGCGCCGUGCAUCCUCUUCAUCGAUGAGAUUGAUGCCGUGGGUCGCAAGCGUGGCGGCGGAAACUUUGGCGGCCAGAGCGAGCAGGAGAACACUCUCAACCAGCUGCUCGUCGAAAUGGACGGCUUCAACACGGCCACCAAUGUGGUGGUUCUGGCCGGCACUAACAGACCUGACAUUCUGGACCCCGCCCUCAUGAGGCCCGGACGUUUCGACAGGCAGAUCUACAUCGGGCCUCCAGACAUCAAAGGGCGUGCAUCCAUCUUUAAAGUGCACCUCCGACCAAUCAAGUUAGACCCCAACAUCGACAAGGACACACUCGCCAGGAAGAUGGCCGCCGCCACGCCGGGAUUCACCGGGGCCGACAUCGCUAAUGUUUGCAACGAGGCGGCGCUCAUCGCCGCCAGACACCUCGAAGGGCACGUGCAUCACAAACACUUUGAGCAGGCCAUCGAUAGGGUCAUCGGAGGCCUGGAGAAGAAGACGCAAGUUCUGCAGCCUACGGAGAAGAAGACUGUGGCGUACCACGAGGCGGGCCAUGCUGUGACGGGCUGGUUUUUGCGGCACGCCGAUCCGCUGCUCAAGGUGUCCAUCAUUCCGCGCGGGAAAGGCCUGGGCUACGCGCAGUACCUCCCACGUGAACAGUUCCUGUACAGCCGCGAACAACUCUUUGACAGGAUGUGCAUGAUGUUGGGAGGACGCGUGGCCGAGAGCAUCUUCUUCGGAUGCGUCACCACCGGCGCGCAGGAUGACCUCAAGAAGGUCACGCAGUCGGCGUAUGCGCAGGUUGUACAGUUCGGGAUGAGCGAGAAGUUGGGCCAGGUGUCGUUCGAGCUGCCGCGACAAGGCGAGAUGCUCGUGGAGAAGCCAUACAGCGAAGCCACGGCUGAGCUGAUAGACGAAGAGGUGCGAGUGCUGGUGGACCGCGCAUACGCGCACACGUUUGAGCUGCUUCGUGACAAGAAGGACUUGGUGGAGCUGGUUGGCAAGCGUCUGCUGGAGAAAGAAGUUCUGGACAAGGCGGACAUGUUAGAGCUGCUGGGGCCACGGCCUUUCGAGGAGAAGUCUACAUAUGAGGAGUUUGUGGAGGGCACGGGAAGCUUUGAGGAGGACACCAGUUUGCCUGAAGGCUUGCGGGACUGGAACCGGGAGCGGCCUGCUGAAGAGGUGGCCGACACCGCCGCUCAGGACAAACAGCAAGCCAGCUAG